GCCUUCAUCUCGCUGCCUUCUCCUUCUCUUCUCCCCACCCAAAACCCUACCAACUCCUACUCUCCAUCCACGCCAUGGCGCCGCCGGGCUGGCCCGCUCCCUUCACCGUCGGCGGGCCGAUGCUGAACAUGAUAUUCCAAGCGGCGUCCGACGGAGAUCUCCCCCUCUUCAAGAGGCUGGUGACGAUGCUGGACAUGGCCAGGGGCCGCCUCAAGGAGACGGUGGAGGCGCUGAGGGUGGAGGACGCCGGGUUGCUACAGGGUCUUGGCGCGCUGCACGUCGCCGCUAACCGAGGGAGGAUGGAGGUUUGCAGGUACCUGGUCGAGGAACUGCAGGUUGAUGUGAACGCCGUCGACAAGGGAGGUAGAACACCUCUGUUUUUUGCGAUAUCAUGUAAGGGUGUGGGUAUUGCCAAAUAUCUUCUUGAUCAUGGUGCCGAUCCAAACAAAAGCUGCCACAAUGGGCUUUCCCCUUUACAUGAAGCCACUACAUCAGGAGAUUGUGAAACUGUUAGACUAUUGCUUGCUAAAGGAGCCUAUGUUGACCCGGUAGCCUUUUGUGGGACACCACUUCAUUGCGCUGCUACUCAAGGGCAUGAUGGCAUUUUGAAGAUUUUGUUGGACCACAAUGCAGAUGCUGGUGCUGAUGCCAAGGGAGCUUUAACCUAUGCUGUGGAGAAUCUCCAUUCUCAAAAACUCGUUUCAACUGACUUCGUCAAUUGCAUUAAGAAGGACGCUGCUGCCGACCGUGUUCUUCCAGAUGAUGCAAUGAUGCUUGAUCCAGAUGAUGCGACCAUGUACUCAAACAGGAGCCUUUGCUCCCUCCGCAUGGGUGACGGGGACAAGGCUUUGGUAGAUGCUAACGAAUGCAGAAAAAUGCGGCCUGAUUGGCCAACAGCCUGUUACCGGCAGGGCGCGGCUCUGAUGUCACUGAAGGAUUACAAGGGUGCUUGUGAACGUUUCCUGGAUGGACUCAAGUUGGACCCAGCUAACACUGAGAUUGAGGAUGCAUUACGGAAAGCUUAUGAUGCCAUGCAAGAUGUCUCUCAGCACCAAGGCUGAGUAAAUGUUUGCAGGGGGAAGGAGUUCUUUUUAUUUUUGAAAAAAAAGCGGGAAGAAGUUCAGGAUCUGCUCUCUAGUUGAGCUGUAGUUGAGUGUUUCACCUUUGCUUAUAGGC